GGUGCGGGCUGCACAGCCUUGGUGGUGGCCGUCGUUGCGAGGAAACUGGAGCUGACCAGGGCCGAGAAACAUGUGCAUAACUUCAUGAUGGACACGCAGCUGACCAAGCGGAUCAAGAACGCAGCGGCCAAUGUCUUGCGGGAAACCUGGCUCAUCUACAAACACACCAAGCUGCUGAAGAAGAUCGAUCACGCCAAAGUGAGGAAGCACCAGAGGAAAUUCCUGCAGGCCAUCCACCAGCUUCGUAAUGUGAAGAUGGAACAGAGGAAACUGACUGACCAGGCAAACUCUCUGGUUGACCUCUCCAAGAUGCAGACCAUCAUGUAUGACCUGAUCACGGAGCUGAACGAUCGUGGCGAGGAGCUGGAGCGACAGAUCCUGAGCCUGGAGCGGAAGCUGGAGGUCCUGACCAGUAGUUUCCAUGCCCUGCCGGGCCUGAUCGCCGACUGCCUCCGCCGCCAACAACAGCAGCUGCCGGGAACGAUCGCCGAGUCGCUCUCCAGCGCCCCGCCAACCACCGACGGCCGCCCCGUCUCUGGAACCACCCCCUCCACCCCUCCCUCCUUCCCCACCCCUUGCACCAGCUCCAGCAGCUACUAGGACCACCAGGAAUGGACUUGCUACAACUCUGAACCCCCUUACCGCUUUCCCGCUCCCCCAUCUCACCACCCUCCCCUCUCCUCCCCUUACACCCUCACCCUGGAACAAUUAAAAUUAAAAAAAAGCGAGGGGGGCAAAAUGGGGGGCUGGAGGAGAGGGGGGGGGCUUUCGUUCCGGUCCAAACUGAACCCCGAUUUGCGCCACCUCGCCCCGCCACCCGGGUCCACAAUACCCCGGGAAACCGACCCCCCCAACCAACGGACUGGAGCCGCCAAUCAGCGAACUCUGCAGCGGAUCUGCGGUGUGGAAAAGUGCGGCGUGGGCGGGUUGGAAGAAGGAGAGGAGG